CUCAUGUGGCUCCUCCCACCGGUCCCACCUGACUUUAGAGCCGGGUAAUCAGUUUUUUAGUUCCUAGAGCCGGGGCAGCUAGCUGGCUCGUCGAAGUUAAAUUUAAUUUACUGGUGCUUCGUCACGGGGACUAUAAUUAAGUAUUACAGUAUGGCGGUGAACACUGGAACCUCCCUGGUGCUAUCCAGUCUGCUCUCCGUGCUGGUAUUCGCGGGGAUGCAGAUGUUCAGCAAGCAGCUGGCAUCCACCGAGUGGCUCACCAUCCUGGGAGGUUUUCUGGGCUCAGUCCUCUUCAUCUGCUCCCUGACUGCAUUUAAUAAUCUGGAAAAUUUGGUUUUCGGAAAGGGAUUCCAGGCCAAGAUAUUCCCUGAGAUUCUGCUGUGUCUGUGCCUUUCACUGUUUGCCUCUGGCCUGGUACACCGUGUCUGUGUCACUACUUGCCUCAUCUUUUCCCUCUUUGCCCUGUACUACAUCAACAAAGUGUCUGCCGCCCUCUACCAAGCAGCUGUUCCUGUAGUAACACCAGCCAAAGCUGGCAGCAAGAGCAAAAGGAAGAACUAAAGAACCCACUGGAUCACACUUGUAUCACACUUCGACCAGUCAUUAUUCCCCAGGUGCUGGUGGUCAUUGCUACACAGCUGAAUGCAGUUUUGUCACAAUGAUCCUUUGUUAUUAGGCUUUUUUAGGUAUAUAAAAUUUGGUUUGGGGUUAUUAUUUUAAGUCAUCAUUUCAUUGAAUACAAGCCUGUAGUAGUUAAUCUGGUCCUUUGUUUGUAUAUUUUUUUUAUUUUAUAGUUCUCUUAAAUUUGAAUCAUAAAGAAAUGGUAGAUAUAAGGCCAAACUGUGUUUUAUGUUCCAUCCCUUUCUAAUCAGCGCUCUUUUUAAAAAGGUUGCAGAGAGAUUCUUUCCUCCAUCACAGCACCUGUGUAUUCAGUUUUCUUCUGUUUUGUUUUUUCAAAUCCAUUUUUGUAAUUAAACUUUCUGAAAGAC